AUGAUCUAUCGAGUUACAGCUGCUCUCAUCAUGAUGUCCACCCUCAACAUCCCAUGGUUUGUUGAGCAGCCGGGAAGCUCUUUGAUGGAGCAUCACCCUGCGUUUCAACACUUGUGCAAAAGAUUCACUGUCUACAAGGUGUUCAUUUGGCUGGGAGCAUACGGAGGAGAUUGCCCCAAGCCUACGUUGAUCUAUUCGAACUUCAAGUUUAUCGAGAAGCUGUUCUUACCGCUUCCGGCAGACAAGGUUUGGGAGGCGGAGACAUCCAUCAAGUAUGUGGACUCCAGUGGCCAACAUAGAGUCUCUGGAGGUCGAGAUCUGAAAUCAACCCAGGCAUAUCCCCGUUUGUUUGGGCAUGCUGUGGCACAGCUGUUUCUUAGCGAGCGGGAUGCUGUGCGUCAAGCUAUCGCAGAGAGGAAGACACUUGGACUUGUAGCCGACUGUGUUUCAAGUGAAUGGUCAAAAGAAGAAUGGGCCAACCUAGACCAAAAAGACUGA